GCAGUUCCGUGAAAAGCGGUAUCUCGGGAGCGAUACCUGGAUUCCCGGAUUCCGGAAGCUGGUGUCACGGAAGCUGAUGUCACGGAGUCAGUUACAAAAUUCAAAUCUGCUAUAUGGUCACGCGUGAUAGGUGGGUACAGGAAAGGCGGGGAUACGUCAGUUCCCAUCUUCCCUUGGGGCUGUGCCCGUGCCAACGUCCAUUUUGUACGCUCGGGAGCGGAGGAGCCCACGUCCAUUUUGUACGCUCGGGAGCAGAGGAGCGGGUGGUGGCUGUGACCUGUGCCAGACACCGCAAGAGCAGUGAUAUUCUUAACAUGGAUACAAGCAGCAGUGAGGACUGUGAGGCCUAUGUGCCUGAAUUGCCAGAGAAAAGGUCCAGCCUUGUGGUGAUUAACUCUGAUUCUGACUCUGCCCGUGAGGAAAAGAGAGCUAAGAUCUGUGAAAUAAGCAGUGAAGAUGAGUCUUCUGAUGAGUCGUCUUCUGAUGAGUCUUCCGACAUUGGGGACAACGGCGCUCAGGACUCUUCAGUAAUUGUUAUCGAUGAUGAAGAAGAUGGCAAUCCCCAUUUGAGGGAUUCUGAGAAGAUAAGAAUUGAUUCUAGUGAUGAGUGCCAACCGCCUGUGCUCCAAAAAGAGGUGGUUGAAUGUAUUGAUUCUGAGCCCAUUUUACUUGAUGAUGAUUCUGAAAUAGGGGAUCUUGGUGAAAGUUCCAACAAACCACCACCAGAGCCAGAGCCCCAGCCCCAGCCCCAGCCCCAGCCCCAGCCCGAGCCUGAGCAGGAGCCUGAGUGGGAACCCGAGCCCGAGCGGGAGCCCGAGCCCGAGCGGGAGCCCGAGCCCGAGCCCGAGCAGGAGCCCGAGCGGGAACCCGAACCCGAACCCGAACCUGAGCCUGAGCGGGAAACCGAAACCGAACCUGAGCCUGAGCGGGAGCCCGAGUGGGGACCCGAGCGGGAACCCGAGCUUGAGCGGGAACCUGAGCCCCAGCAGGAGCCCGAGCCCCAGCGGGAACCUGAGCCCCAGCAGGAGCCCCAGCAGGAGCCCGAGCCCCAGCAGGAGCCCCAGCAGGAGCCCCAGCGGGAACCUGAGCCCCAGCACGAGCCCCAGGGGGAGCCCGAGCCCCAGUGGGAACCUGAGUCCCAGCGGGAACCUGAGCCCCAGCAGGAGCCUGAACCCCAGCGGGAACCUGAGCCCCAGCAGGAGCCUGAACCCCAGUGGGAACCUGAGCCCCAGCAGGAGCCCGAGCCCCAGUGGGAACCUGAGCCCCAGCAGGAGCCCGAGCCCCAGCGGGAACCUGAGCCCCAGCAGGAGCCCGAGCCCCAGCGGGAACCUGAGUCCCAGCAGGAGCCCCAGCAGGAGCCCGAGCCCCAGUGGGAACCUGAGUCCCAGCGGGAACCUGAGCCCCAGCAGGAGCCCGAGCCUGAACCCCAGUGGGAGCCUCAGCCCGAGCGGGAACCCCAGCCCCAGCCGGAGCCUGAGCAGGAGCCAGAGCCUGUCCCUGAGCCCGAGCAGGAGCCCCAACCCGCGCAGGAGCUGCAGCCGGAGCCAGAGCCAGAGCUGGAGCCAGAGCUCGAGCAAAAGGUUACAGCCGAAGAGGCUAAGGAGAGAAAGGCUGCAGCUCUGCUGGCCCAACAAAGAAAGAAGAGAAAAAAUAGGUUUAUAUGUAUGGCACCUCCUAAGUCACGUAGGAAACGUCGUAGGGUUGUCUCACAGGAUUUGCCCAGCCUGCCAAGUGCCUCUCCAGAGCCUAGUCCUCCUGAUGAGCCCACAUCAUCAGAGCAACCUGUUCCUCCUGCCGAAUGCAUGCCAUUAGAGAAACCCAAAGGCAAAAGGGGACGCCCUCGAAAUCUGUGCAAAAUACUUAGAUGUUCCUUGAAAAAUAUUGAAAAAUUAAAACAGUAUUCUGGAAGGAAUUUCAAACACAAUAAGGAAGAGCUGGCUCAGAAAAUCUACAGGCUACUUAACCACACUGUCUUUGAUGGAAAGUUUCAGCCAGAGAAAAUAGCAAUCACUUGGAAUAAAAAGCUGUUGCGGACUGCUGGUUUAUGCACUACCAAUGAGAUACAAGAACCCAAGGAGCGCUAUGCUAAGAUUGCGAUUUCUCUGAAAGUCUGCAACUCGGCAGAUCGAAUCCAGGACACCUUGAUCCAUGAACUAUGCCAUGCAGUCUCCUGGCUGCUUGAUGGCAAGGAUUCACAUGGUAAUUCAUGGCAAUAUUAUGCUCAAAAAUGCAAUUCAGUACACCCAGAGCUGCCUAAGGUCACCUGUUGCCAUAACUAUACAGUUAGCUACAAGAUCUAUUACGAGUGUAUUCUGUGCAAAUGCAGGAUUGGCCGCUAUACCAGAUCCUUGAACACUAAUGCUUGCUUCAUCUGUGCCGGACACAAAGGGCCUCUGGUCUUGCUGCUAUUAUUUUGGAAGGAUGGAACCCCCAUUGUGCCCCAUGUGAGACCAUUUGCCAACUAUAUGCAGGAGCAUUAUAGAGCAGUGUUUAAUGGGACAGCAGGAAUCAGCCAAGGGGCUGUGAUGAAGAUUCAGCAAGGAUUAUUUGCCAGUAAACAAAAGGAAAACCCUUAA